UCAGCAGAGCAUUCGGGGCAGGGAGAGAUCUUGUCAACAUUCAAUUCCUUGUAUCCAUUACGGAUAUCAACGGUCCUACGCUGGCGACCCGAUUGUUCCGCGUCCGAAAUUACCAAGUCAGCACCGCGUCCACCUUGUCCCACCGAAGCAAUCGGCAGCAUCACUGAGAAAUUAAAAUAAAUACAGAUCUCGACUUCUUUUGUUGAAUUGCAGACACAUGCUCCGGCAAUGGCUUUGCAGAAGCAGCGGAGCAGCCCGCUCCCUCGUUUGCUCCCGGUGCUGCAAAUGCUACAACCGGCCGCUUCGACUUUCAGCACAUAGUCCCCCACUCCAAUGCUCCCUUUCCUUCUCCAUUCGUCAUCUACAGACCGCGGUUGAAAGCUCUUCAGAUCGCAUUCCGCUGCGGAAACAGCUCAAGCAGGAAGCUAAGGCAUUGAAGGCUCGCAAGAAGAAAAGGAGGGAGAAUGAAGAGGCCUCGCGCGAAAAGUGGGAAUUGACGGUGGGAAUAGAGAUACAUGCACAAUUGGAUACAGAGUCCAAGUUGUUUUCCAGAGCAGCAACUUCGACAAGCGAUAUCCCCAAUUCCAAUGUGGCCCUGUUCGACCUGGCGUUUCCAGGCAGCCAACCUGAAUUCCAAAUUGCAACAUUAUUACCUGCCCUCCGCGCCGCGGUUGCGCUGAACUGCGAUAUCCAGCCUGUCAGCCGAUUCGACCGAAAGCAUUAUUUUUAUCACGAUCAACCUGCAGGAUAUCAGAUUACACAGUACUACGAACCCUUUGCUAGGAACGGCUACGUCGACCUGUUUGACUACGAUGGCAUCGCUCCGGAGGACGGAGACAAGGUCCGGGUGGACAUCAAGCAGAUUCAACUCGAGCAGGACACGGCAAAGUCGCAAGAAUAUCCCCCAUCCCUGCAGCUCCUCGACUUCAACCGCGUGUCGCAUCCGCUCAUUGAGAUCAUUACUCUACCGCAAAUUCACACUCCCGCUACCGCGGCAGCUUGUGUUAGGAAAAUACAGGCUAUCUUGCAAGCAUGCGGUGCCGUCACGACUGGAAUGGAACUGGGAGGACUCCGUGCUGACGUGAACGUGUCCAUCCGGAGACGGGACGAAACACCGGGGCUCCAUGAGUACCACGGGGUCGGCGGACUCGGCCAGCGCACAGAGAUCAAGAACCUCAGCAGCUUCAAGGCCGUGGAGGAUGCCAUCAUCGCGGAAAAAAACCGACAGAUAGCGGUCCUUGAGAGCGGCGGGGUCGUGGAAGGUGAAACGCGUGGUUGGACAAUAGGGAGUACUGAGACUCGGCGACUUCGAGGCAAAGAAGGUGCCGUCGACUAUCGCUACAUGCCGGAUCCAGACAUUCCACCCUUGUUCAUCGACAGGGAUCUAGUUACCCACCUGAGGGAAAACCUUCCGACUCCGCCAGACGAGCUGGUGGAACUCCUAGUCGGGCCCGAAUACGGGCUUUCUGUUGAUGAUGCGAAACCGCUGAUUGAGCUGGACGGCGGGGCGAGGCUCGAGUACUAUCAGGAUGUAGUGGAUGAGUUGCGUGUCCUCCAGCAAGAUCAGGCUGCAGAGACCAGCGACAAGCUCGGCCGGAUCGCCGGGAAUUGGGUGCUGCAUGAACUGGGAGGACUGCUGACCAAAGCAGACGCCGCGUGGGAUGCAGAACGCGUGCCGGCAGGAACGCUGGCAGCGAUAGUGGACCAACUGCAGCGGAAACAUAUUACGGGACCGACCGCGAAGCUCGUGCUGGCCAUGGUUUUCGACGGGGAUAGACGGCCCAUCGCACAGCUACUGGAUGAGGAGAACCUGCUGCUCCGGCCGCUCUCGCGGGAAGAGUACGUUGCACUGGCAGAAUCGGUCAUCAGCAGGAACCCGCAGAUGGUGGAGCAGAUCCGCAGCAAGAACCAGCUGGGCAAGCUGGGCUGGUUUGUGGGACAGAUGAUGCGCACCGGUGAGAAAGGCCGCGUGGAGGCGCCCAAAGCAGAGGAAGUUCUACGCGAAGUGAUUCUGGGGCCAACACGAGGAUGAAGAUACCUGUACGUACAAUGACAGCGCACAUGCGAGCGAUAGUAAAUAAUAGGCAUCUGAG